AUGACAAACAAUACAUCAGCACAUGAAAAUAAUACAUCAAAUCUUCAUUUACGUACGCUAUCGUGUAAUGUUCAAAAUUUCGUUCUCGUCUGGUUAGAUGCUAACAUUGAUGAAGUUAAUAAUCCUGAUUCUGUUAAUACAAUCACUCAAUUGCGGAAUGUUGUAAAUGUAAUCAAUACAUUUGUUGAUGUCAAUUUAUGUAUAGAUUUUCUCAUGAAUAUCCAGAAUGAGAAAGUUUUCAUGAUUGUAUCUGGUUCAUUAGGUCAAACCAUUGUACCACGCAUUCAUGGCAUUUCUCAGGUAACCUCAAUCUAUAUUUUCUGUCGUGAUAAGACAAAGCAUGAAAAUUGGGCGAAAAAAUGGCUUAAAAUAAAAGGUGUUUUCACAGAUAUAUUGCCUCUGUCUACUAAACUUAAACAAGUCGUACAACAAUGUGACCAAGACUCGAUUCCAAUUAGCUUUAUCUCAACAAAUAAUGAUACAUCAACGACAAAACUUGAUCAAUCAUUUAUGUAUAUUCAACUAUUGAAGGAAAUUUUAUUUGACAUUGAUUUUAAUAAAAGAUCUAUAAAAGAAUUUACGACUUAUUGUCGAGCUCAAUUUGCUGAUAAUAAAGAAGAUCUAAAUAUGAUUGACAAAUUCGAACGUAAAUACCAUCAAUUCACACCUAUCUGGUGGUAUACCAACCAAUGUUUUUUGUAUCCGAUGCUUAAUCGAUCUUUACGUAAUAUGGAAGUUGACAUUAUUAUCAAAAUGAGUUUUUUCAUUCGUGAUCUACAUCGUCAUAUUGAAGAAUUAUACCAAAAACAAUACAAAGAUCUUAAUCAAGAACAACUAUUUAUUGUUUAUCGUGGUCAAGGUUUAUCCAAGAAAAGCUUUAAUGAAAUGAGGAAAAUGAAAGGAGGAUUGAUUUCAUUUAAUAGUUUUCUAUCCAGCAGUAAAAAGCGAAAUAUAGCUCUGAUUUAUGCUCAUCGUGCCAUCACUGAUUUCGACUCAAUGGGUAUUGUCUUCAAGAUGACAAUUGAUCCAUCUAUUUCUUCAAUUCAUUUUGCUCUCGUUAAUGACGUCAGCUUUUACAAAGCAUCAGAACAAGAAGUUCUCUUUUCUAUGCAUACUGUUUUUCAUAUCGGAGAUAUAAAACAAAUCGACGUCAAUAAUAGUCGACUUUGGGAAGUUGAACUAACUUUAACUAGUGAGAAUGAUCCACAGCUUAAUGCACUUACUCAACUUAUGCGAAAAGAGAUUUGCGGAGUAAAUGAAUGGUAUUGUCUGGGUCAAUUGCUAGUUAAACUAGGUAAAUUCGACAAAGCUGAAGAUUUAUAUAAAGUAUUACUCAAUCGGACAUCUGAUGAUAGUGAGAAAGGCUCUAUUUAUCAUCAGUUAGGAUGGAUCAAAGAUAAUCUAGGAAACUAUGUAGAGGCGAUUUCAUUUUAUGAAAAAUCGCUUGAAAUUGACGAAAAAACUCUUCCUUUAUAUCAUCCAGAUUUAGCUAUAUCCUAUGACAAUAUUGGUUUAAUAUAUAAUAAAAUGGGCGACUAUAUUAAAGCGCUUUCUUCUCAUGAGAAAGCAUUGCAAAUUUAUCGAGUAACACUUCCUGCAGACCAUCCUGAUCUUGCUGCUUCAUUGAACCAUAUUGGUUUAGUAUAUGAUAAAAUGGGUGAAUAUAUCAAAGCACUUAUAUGUCACCGAGAAGCACUUGAAAUCUUCAAGAAAAUACUUCCUCCAAAUCAUCCUUCAUUGGCUGCAUCUUAUAAUAAUAUUGGUCUAGUUCAUGAUAAGAUAGAUGAUUGUUCAAAAGCACUUUGGUUUUAUGAAAAGACACUCGAAAUCUAUCAAAAAACUUUGCCAUCUAGUUAUCCUGAUUUAGCUGUUUGUUAUCAAAAUAUUGGUAAAGCACUGGAGAAGAUGUGCGAGUAUUCGAAAGCACUUUCAUCUUAUGAAAAAGCUCUUGACAUUUUUCAAAAGACUUUUCCAUCAAAUCAUCCACAUUUGGCUACCUGCUAUAGCUACAUUGCUUCAGUAUAUAACAAUAUGAGUGAAUAUUUGAAAGCAAUAUUAUUUUACGAAAAAGCACUUGCUAUUAGUGAACAACUUCUACAUUCCAAUCAUCCUGAUUUAAUUAUUUUAUACAACAAUGUCGGCGAAGUAUAUGAACAUAUGAAAGAAUAUUCAAGAGCACUUUCAUCUUAUCAGAAAGGAUUGCACAUUUGCCAAAGAAAUCUCGCUUCAAAUGAUCCUUUAUUGGCUUCCUUGCAUAAUAGAAUUGCCAACGUAUAUUACAAUAUGGGCUCUUAUCACCAAGCAUUAGCAUAUGUUGAAAAUGCUGUUAAUAUGGCACAAAAUGCACUUCCUUCAAACCAUUCUGAUCUGAAAAUAUAUCAUAAGACCUUAGAAUUAGUUAAAAAAAUGUUAUAA